AUGUCCGCCACUGCCACAAGGCGAGCUUUAUUCCUGCCUGAGCUUGUUGCCCUUAUUAUCGCGGCCGGCAGGGACAACGACCGGGUUUUGUACGCCUGCCUCUUCGUCAACCGUCUCUUCUUUAGGGAGUCAUGCAAGCUCCUGUGGCAAGAGUGCAAUACCUAUGGCCUUUUGGUGAAUAUAGGCCAUCUUGUCCAGCUGAGCAAGCGGAAUCAGCAACGGGCGCAGGUGUAUGCCAACUUCAUCCAGGUUCUCGACUUUGACGCGCCCGAGGGAUCAGAUGCGUCAAGGCUUGAGGCUCAGUGGCAUGAAGAUCUGGCUUGUCUGCAGUUCCCACUACUGCGAGAAGUCAUAAUCCGUCGUUUCAACCAUUGCAAUUCCGUUAUCCGGUAUGCGCAGCCGAGCUUGAGAGUAUUCAGCCUCUGGCCAGCCAGCCAGCUCUCCGAUGCCUUCCUAGACCAGCUCGGCCGUCAGUCACCUAGACUGAUUAAUAUCUCUCUGGGCCAGUCUACGGAAAGCACUGUUACCGAGGCGGGUGUGGUGCGACUGCUGCAGUGCCUGCGUGCUAUACGGCAUCUCACACUCUCGCCCGAGUUCGAUCAAGUCUGGUCACGAGAGGCCUUUUGCGCCGUUGCGAAAUACACAUACCUAGAAUCAUUGGAUAUACCGAAGAAUGGAUCGAAGACCUAUUUCCGAUACAAGGAUUCCGCCACCUAA